AUGGGAAAGCAGCGAGGGCUCUGUCGCAGAAGACAAAAUCAAGGUAAAAUUGCCCACAAACGGAUUAAACAUCAAGAAAUCAUGGUAAAAAGGGAUGAUGAUGGAAUCAGUGCUUUGCCGGAUUGUUUGCUUCUUGAAAUCCUCUCUCGAUUACCCUCCACAAAAGACGCAAUUAGAACAGGUACGCUCUCCAAGCGAUGGGAACAUCUUUGGACUUGGGUACCUACUCUAAUUUUUUCAACUAAAACUGGUCCACCAACUCAACGUCUUCAAAACUCCAAGCCAAGGGACGAAUUCCCAUUAUUGGUCGACAAAACCCUAACUCAAUGUCGCCAAAUAAAGCUCAAGAAAUUCAUACUGCAUACCUAUUAUGAUACCCGAUUUGAAUCGCAGUUUAACAAUUGGAUUCGUUAUGCUAUAAGCUGUAACGUUGAAGAGCUUAACUUGGAGUUUUGGGGGAGUGAAACUGAGUUUCUGUUAAAUGAAUUUAUAUUCAUCAAUUCAUGCUUUACUGAUCUGAGACUAGCAGGAUGCAAAGUGAAUUCAAGUGGGGCGAUUAGUUGGGAAAAUGUUAGGAGUUUGUGUAUUUCCGGGGUGAAUGUAGAUGAAGACUUGAUUGUAAAUAUAGUAUCCGGGAGUCCUCUAUUGGGAACUUUGGUGUUUGAAUACUGCAGGUGGCUCAAUAUUACUUCAGAAUCUGAAGCCAGUGAUAUCAUCAGAAAAUGUGUUCCUACUAGUUUAUCACUAACUCAAUGUCGCCAACUGAAGCUGCUAAAGAAAUUCAAACUGUACGCCCAUUAUGAUAUUCAAUUUCAAUCGCAGCUCAACAAUUUGAUUCUCUAUGCUAUAAGAUGUAAUGUUGAAGAUCUUAACUUGAGGCUCUGGAAUCACGCAUAUGAUGAUGAGUUUGUGUUAGAUCAGAUUGUUUUCACCAGUUCAUGUUUUACUGAGCUGAGAGUAGGUGGGUGCAUGCUUAAUCCAGUAGGGGCGAUUAGUUGGAAAAGUCUUCAGAGCUUGUGUAUAUCUGAGCAUAUUAGUUUAGAUGAAGAUUUGAUUGAAAAUAUAUUAUGUGGGAGUCCUGUAUUGGAAACUUUGGAGUUGGAUGAUUGCUAUGGUUUUAGGAGGCUCAAUAUUACUUCAAAGAGCGUUAAAAACUUGGUGUUAUGUGGAUAUGAGGUUCCUUAUGGUGGAUUUGAAGCUGAUAUGAUCGAAAUCAAUGCUCCUAAUAUUUCAUCCCUAACAAUGGAAGGUUGGAAUUUUUUGUGUAAACCUUUGUUGCUGAAUGUGUCUUCUUUUGUCAAAGCUCACUUAGAUUUUAGUUUUACAAAGCUUGAGCAUCGCCAGAAAAAACCUAAUGAAGUGGAAGAAGAGUUGCUUAAAGGGUGUAUAAUGAAUCUUCGCCAUGUCAAGGAGCUUCAACUUGGGGUUGUAUGUUCUAAGCUUGCAGGAGGAUUAAGGUGA